AAGAGCUGUUAAGAGAUGGACUGAGAGUGGCUAGCUAUCUUUAGCAGUUUCUUCCCAGAGGCAACUAUGAUUAAUACACUGGUCUGGUCGCAUUAAUUUAGAACAGAUAAAACACGUCGUAACACGGUUUUCCUGUCAGCACAACACACAGAGGCGCCCAUACCACUCCAUGGCCUUGGCUCUGAAGAUGGAGCAUCAUGUUCACUGCAUCUCCUGUUUUAACCAGAGGUGCACCAUCAAACCUGAACCAGGAGUCUCCUGUGAUCUCAUCGCCUGUCCAUUGGUGUGUGGGGCCGUGCUCCACUCCUGCAAAGUUGAUGAGCACCAACUCUUGUGCCCCCUCAUGAAGGUUCCUUGCCUUAAUAGUGGCCAUGGCUGCCCGGCUAUGCUGAUCCGCAGUCAGAUGUCCGCGCACUUGGAUGUGUGUCCAGCUGGAGUCGUCUGCUGCACUAUGGAGUGGAAUAGGUGGCCUGUCAGCUGCUUGAACUACACCUCUUAUGAGAGUCUAAUUGGUCUGUUGGAGGAGAUGGAGCAGCUGGACAUGGCGCUCGCUCUUCAGGACCAGCAAACACUCCUUGAGUCGAUGAAGAUGAUUUCAAAGACACCGUCUACACAAGAUGAUUCAGUUAUUAAAAAAGAGAAAGCACAACAUGUAACUUUUCAGGCUUCUCCACCUGAAGCUCCAGUUCCUCAGUUGUCCUCCUUGCAUCAAUCCCAGUUAGUCCCCAAAGGUUCAGCAAAGGAAAAGAUUCUCAGUGGGAUUAACGGUCUGAAAGAGGAACACCUCAGUAAGCUGUAUGAGGCCACCGUUGAGACUGCUAGAAGUUUAGCUGCUGCUUUAGACUUUGUUAGCAGCGCCAGCUGUGGUGAAAGUAGUUCAGUGGUUCAGAAUGUAGAUUUGCUGUUAAAUGGAAACAUUCAGAAUGGACUGGAGGACAUAACCCCUCAAGAUGCCGACAGUUUGCACACAAGUAACAAAAAGGAGAUGUGUUCUAAUCAGAGCUGUUCAGGGGAAAAUGGAGCUCUUGAAGGAACUAGAAUGCAGGACAAAAGCAGAGUCAACGGACCAUUGACGGGAGCAACAGAGGCCUGUGCUGAUGCUUACUUGGAACCUGCAACCCUUCAGAUGAUGUCUCCAGUUCAUGUUAGCCAGGGGGUGGCACAGCAGGCUGAUCAUAUUGUUCAGCACAAUAAAGGACUAGUCCUUCCAGGAAAUCUUGGGCCAGAGAGGAUGCUUCACCUCAACCACUUCUAUAAGGGUCAGGGCCAAUAUCCUUUGUAUAAUGGACAAGUCGGCGUUAAACCCGGUAGAUCAGCAUAUAGAGCGCAGGCAGAAAUGGAAGACAAAGCAGUUGAUACUUCAGACUUGGAGCAUGAAGAAGAUCCAAUGGGUCUUGGAGAGAUUGAUGCUAUACCAGCAGCUCUACUUUUCUGUUUAGAAGAGUCCAGGGAGUGUAGAAGGAUUUCUGAUACAGUCUAUGUUGAUGGCUACCAUGUUGACCUUGGCACGCAGACUUUCACAUUUCCUGCUGCAAUCUUGGUGACCAAUACAAGAGUUGGUGACAUGGCCUCUGCUUCAGCCUGUGACCAUGCUGCACCACAGCUGAACUAUCCCAGCCCGCUUCGCACCCUCCGCCUUGGCCAGGUUCUGGAAGCUUUAGAGUCAGAGGCAGUCCCUUACAAUCGUUACCUCCCACCUAACCCCCAACAUCAACACACCUUUCCCUUCCUGUGCGGACAGUCGUUCAGGCGGGACCAGUUUUCAUCGCAUUUCAGAAACAUCCAUGGAGAGAUUCAUGCUUGGCUCAGUGGCUGGAUAGAGCAACGCUGCCCUCUUGCAUAUUAUGGCUGCACAUUUUCCCAGCGGAGAUUUUACCCAUCCACCCAGGGAGCCAAGGUAGUUCACGAUAGACACCUCAAGGCGUUUGGGGUCCAACCCUGCACUAGACCGCAACCUCCAACGGACUCCCAGUCAGACCAGUUCAGCAGGCUGCCCAUUGAGAUUCUGUGGCACGUAGCUGGAUUCCUGGACAGUUUUAGCUUGUGCCAGUUGUCCUUGGUUUCUAGGACUAUGAGGGAAGUGUGUGCCAGUCUCCUUCAGACCAGAGGCAUUGUAGAGCUGCAGUGGGAGCGAACAGUUUCUCCUGAAGGCAAUGUAUCGUGGCAGGUCAAAAAUAAGGUAUGGAGAUUCAGCACUGCAUUUACUCCAGUGUCCUCCUGGGGUUUUACUGAGGUGCCCAGCAUGUCCGUUCACCUAAAGAAGUGCCCCUUCAAUGUAGUAGAGCAGAAGACGGAGCCCAUACCCCUACCUGCCAUGUGCACCGAACGAGAUGGCCUGUCACUCCGGCGCGUCCUGCGUCACGUCAACACUUGACCAAACAAAGCUGAGCUGCAUGAGAUUAGCUG